GGCUUAAAACUUGCAAUUUCUGCAAAAGAAAAGGAAGGAGAAAGGGGAACGGAAUCGCUUUUACAUCUCUCUCUUUCUCAAUUCUCUGUUUUAUUUGAUUAGCAGAGGAGAGGGAAAGAGGGAGUGAAGAUUACGAUUUUGCUUCCUCUUUUUCUCUUGUGUUUUUGUUUUUUUUUUCCAGCGCUGGGAUUUCUCAUUGAUCGAUUGGUUGAUUCAUCGUCUUGAACGAGCUACGAUCUUGUUGUGUUAUCCUUGUUUAUAUAUUUAAAUUAUUUGUGCUGCGGUUUGGGAUGUCGAUUGCACGGAGUUUUGAUUUGUGGCAGAAGGAUGCUUUCUUUUCCGCCGCCGAGGAGGUGCAAGAAUCGGCUGACAUAUUGGAAUCCACAUAUAGGGCAUGGUUGAGAGAGAGAAGAGCAAGGUUAACCGUAGAAAAUUUGGAUGAAUUCACCAGGGAGUUGCGAACUGCUCUGGGAACAGCCAAAUGGCAGUUGGAAGAAUUUGAGAAGGCUAUAAGGAUGAGCUAUAGAAAACAUGUGGAUGGUACUAAGCUGGAAAGACAUAGACAAUUUAUUGAUGCCAUUGAAAACCAGAUAUUCUGCGUCGAGGCAUCAUUACGUGAAUAUUUUAUUGAGGAAGGCAAGCAACCCCUUAAAUGGGUAAACCUUAAUGAGGAAGAAUGUGAUGAUUUAGCUGCAUUUCUCUCUGGGACAACACCUACCAUACGAGGUCCAAGAGAUGAAAAUUCAGAACCUGUACCUUCUUUUGAAGAAUCUAUUCAUGAGACUUGUAAUAGAAGACGAGAAGCAAGCAGUAACCACAGCAGCCUAGAUAUUGGCGAUAAAGUUGAGGAUAUUCAAAAUGCUCAGUUUGUCAUGAAACUUCAAGAUAAUGAAAUUUCACGUUCGAGGGAUGAUGUUUUAUGUCAUACUGAGAGGACAACCAAUGGUAGAAGAGUGUGGAGUUCACCAAACUUUGAUUCAUUGACAAUUGUUAUUCCUGAUGAGGAUGAAUGGAGAAACCCGAUGGCAACGGUUGAGCCCACGCCUAAAGAAAAAGGAUCAAGAACAAUCCUCUGGAGGCAAACUAGACGGGAGUUUCUUCCAGCAAAGAUUGCUGGUCAUGUAUGCAAUCAGCUCUUUGCUAGGUUAUCGGUUUGCAGGCAAUUCCAGAGUCCAAGGAAUCUGCAGCGUGGUUGCUCAGUUCAACUUACACUUGCUCUGAUGUUAACUAUUUUUUUAUUGGUGCCCUUUGUACUUUAUUCAACUUGACAUUCCUGUAUGAGACAUCUACAAUAUAGCAGUGGUUACAACAGAUAUAGAUCUCAAAGCUCUGGAGAAGUGAAGGUGUUGUUUCCAGAGGAUUGAAGCAGGCCAAUUUUAUUUUUGUUGCUAUGAAAAAUGUUAAAAGGCAGCAAGAAUUAGGAUAUGACUAGAGAUAUUGUAGUGUCACAAUAUCAAUAUGUAUGCAAAAUCUGCAGUCAUUUAAAACAUAAGGCUGCUGAAGAAUGUAUUAUAGGAAUUGUGGUUUGUGUAUUGGGUCUGUCGUUUCUCACUCACUCUCUAGGGAUUAUUUGAAGAAUCAAAAGAUUGAUGAUCGUCCUAUCAAAAUCGUCUCUUUAAAUAUAAUUUGGUUACAUGGAAAA